CGAGGGUGGCAUUGUCGUAAUAACAGGUUAAGACGGAGGGUACUUUGGUUGUGUGAGGUGGCAUCACAUGCGGUCAAGCUCUGCACUGCACAAAACAGCACCGAACCGAAACUGUGAGCGAUAAGAGCAAGAGAGAGACAAAGAGUGAUUCAGAAGCGCUCCUUUGCGCAUAGCAAUGUCUGUCAUCACCUGAAUUCUAUGCUCCUUUUUUCCUCUCUUCUCUUUCGUGUAAGUAAGGCUCCUCACAAGCCAAUGUUAACGAAAACAGUAACCACUCGCUGCAUUUGCGUCUGAUUGAUGCAUUCCGUGAGAUGAAAAUGUUUGAGAUCUCAAAGCCAAUGCUAUUUUUUGAGGAACAUUUUCUGCGGAAUGCUUGAUCCGGCCUGAAACAUUCAUUUCCUGUUUCGCCUGCCUCGUCUUGGUUUCCUGUUUCGCCUCGUCUUCGACUUUCGCUGUGGGACUGUGUGAGUGGAGCAGUCAAUUUUAUUAUUAGUUAAAGGUUGACUUGCAGAGAGCAUGGCGUCAUGGGAUCAAAUAGGGGAUCUUGCGAAUGUGGCCCAGUUGACUGGUGUAGACGCUGUGAAGCUGAUUGGGAUGAUUGUGAGAGCUGCAAGCACUGCACGGAUGCAUAAGAAGAACUGCAGGCAGUUUGCACAGCAUCUGAAGUUGAUUGGGAAUUUGCUGGAGCAGCUCAAGAUCUCAGAGCUGAAGAGGUACCCAGAAACUAGGGAGCCUCUGGAGCAGUUGGAAGAUGCCCUCAGAAGGUCUUAUAUAUUGGUCAAUAGUUGUCAGGACCGUAGCUACCUCUAUCUGCUGGCUAUGGGCUGGAACAUUGUUUAUCAGUUCAGGAAGGCUCAGAAUGAAAUUGAUAGAUACCUGCGUCUUGUUCCUCUCAUUACUCUUGUGGAUAAUGCUAGAGUCAGGGAGAGACUUGAAGUUAUUGAGAUGGAUCAACGUGAAUACACAUUGGAUGAUGAUGACCAAAAGGCGCAGACAGUUAUUUUUAAACCAGAACCUGACAUAGAUGACACUGCUGUGUUGAAAAAAACACUAUCCUGUUCUUAUCCCAACUGUUCUUUCACUGAAGCGCUUAAAAAAGAAAAUGAAAAGCUUAAAUUAGAGCUACAACGGUCACAAGCAAAUUUGGAUAUGAAUCAGUGUCAAGUUAUUCAACGUUUACUAGAUGUCACAGAAGUUGCAGCCUAUUCUGUUCCAGAGAAGUCUUCCCCAGAGAAAAAUCACAAGAAAGAGGAAUACAAUUAUUCUAAAGACCACAGUGACAAUGAGCAUUCAUCUGAUGAAAAACAUCAUGCAAAAGUUGAUAAGCAUUCACAGUCAAGAUAUUCAGUUGCGCAAAAGGAUCUAGUAUCAGCUGGGGGUUCUUAUCAGGAAGAAGAUUGGCACACUGAUUUACUUGCUUGUUGUUCUGAGCCUUCACUCUGUAUGAAGACAUUCUUCUAUCCAUGUGGAACAUUUUCAAAGAUUGCUUCUGUUGCAAGAAACAGGCCCAUAUCCUCUGGAGAAGCAUGUAAUGACUUGAUGGCAUAUUCAUUAAUUUUGUCUUGUUGUUGCUAUACUUGCUGCGUAAGGAGGAAACUUCGGAAGAUGUUGAACAUCACAGGGGGCUUUGUCGAUGAUUUCCUCUCUCAUUUGAUGUGUUGCUGCUGUGCCCUUGUGCAAGAAUGGAGAGAAGUGGAGAUCCGUGGGAUCAGUGGUCCUGAGAAGGCCAAAACAAGCCCUCCACCAUCUCAGUACAUGGAAUAUUAACUAAGAAAUGAAAUCAUCAUUGGUUUGUUUGCGAAUUCAAGGUGACUUGGAGACCAUGGUAAAUUGUAGAGGCUAUCUGUAUUAGAAUUCACAGGAAGGCAGGAAUUAUGUAUUUUUAUUCUCACCGCACCUGGCCUUGUUUUAACUAUGUAUAGAUAGUGACUUUAUUUCAUUGUUCUCGAGAAAAGUUGUUUCUAGAUAUAGUUGAUGCUGUAUCAUAAACCUAUUUUCCCCCCUGGUUUAAUAUAGUCCGAGUUAAUUUAUUGGCA